AUGGGCGGAGGCGAAAGGAACACGCCGGUGCGGUCCGUGGCCGUCAUCGGUGCCGGCGCUGCAGGUGCCGUGACGGCUGCUGCGUUCAAGGCCGAAAACUACUAUGAUCGCAUCUCUGUGUUUGAGCGCCGAGAGACUGCAGGCGGAACAUGGAUUUAUGAUCCGGACCCGGUUCUCGGCCGCCUCGUGUAUCCAGGCAGUCUGGCCCCCGAGAUCGAUCCGCCGCUGGCAAUCCCCGACAGUCUGCCGCGCACCGCCCCUCCGAACCAGCAGCAGCGGUUUGCUCACACGCCAGUCUACAGCUCGUUGACAACCAAUGUCCCGGAUAUUGCCAUGUGCUUCUCCGACCUGCGGUUUGCCUACGGCCCCUUUGCGCCUCAUUAUGUCCCUCGCCAGUAUAUAGAGAACUAUUUCACCCAACACAAGACAGACCCGUUUCUAGUUCUCAACACGACUCUCGAGGACCUUUCCCAGAUCCCUUCUUCCAUCGAGGGGGAGCCCAACCGGUGGAAGCUGACGCUCCGAAAGUAUGACGCUGCUCGGCAUCUUGAUGUUUGGUGGGAGGAGGAGUUUGAUGCCGUUGUGCUGGCAAAUGGCCACUACUCGGUUCCAACUGUCCCGCACGUGCAAGGACUCAAUGAAUACAUCGACAAGUUCCCGGGGCGCGUGGUGCACUCCAAGACGUACCGCUCGCCGAGCGUCUACGCGUCCAAGAAAGUUCUUGUAAUCGGCAACUCGGCCUCGGGACACGACGUCACCAAUGAGCUCGUAUCUAGCGCCACGCUCCCCGUCUACCAGUCCAGAAGGUCCGCAUCUCGGUGGGACGGGGACGCGCCGCCCGAAGGGAUCAAAUGGAAGCCUGUCAUCAAGGAAUUCAAGUUGGACGGCAGCAUCGUCUUCGAGGAUGGCACGCACCUCGACGACAUCGAAACCGUCAUCUACUGCACGGGCUACCAAACCUCGUUUCCCUUCUGGAACGUCGAGGCCAACGGCCGCGCCCUGUGGGACUACGCGGCGGGGCGGCUGAUCAACGGCUACUGGCACACCUUUUUCCAAGACUUUCCGACCUUGGGAAUCGUUGGCAUCCCGCGCGUCUUGACGUUCCGGAGCUUCGAGUACCAGGCAAUCGCGCUUGCACGCCUCUGGUCGGGCAGGAACACGCUUUCGCUGCCCCCCGUGGCGGAGCAGCAGAGGUGGGAGAGAGACAGGGCAGAGAGGAAGAGCAGCGAGAGGAAGAAGUUUCACGACAUCACAUGGGACUCGGGAGAGACUGUAGACUGGCUGCAGGGUCUGUUCAGAAUCGCCGGGCUCGGGACGCUGAAGGGCGAGGGUAGGAUCCCGCCGGCAUUGAGCGACGAGUUGAUCUGGGCAAUUGAGCACAUCAGGAAAUACCCCGAGCCUGGAAAUGGGGAGAAGAGCUGGCAGGCCAGUGGGACGGAGAAGAGCGGGCAGGCCAGUGGGACAGACAAGGGACGAGGAAAUGGAAGUGACGACGAAGCCGAGGGCGGAUGGGUCUUGCUGAACACGGCGAACAGAGACCGCAAGGACUCGCUUUUCUUUAUCUAGGAAGGAACAAUCUGUCUCUUAGACUUUAACUCGGGUAGUUGUCCCCACAGUGCCCACACUUGCGAUGUCAUUAGCGGUUAG